UCACUUUUAAAUCUUCCAAAAUGUCAAAACUGGUUGGACUUGUACAGUUAGUGUACAUUUUAUGGGGAUUCGGUGGUGUAUGUGGCCUUGAUAAAGCAAGUUGGUUUGGGAAAGUGAUCUUGAACAGCUCGCAGCUGCUUUCCCUAAAAGAUGAUCUGCAAUUGGAGACUGACUGUCCAUCAGUGGACCACUGCGCCACUCAGUGUCUAUUGCACCGAACUUGUGAGACCUUUCUGAGCAAUGAGUCGCCUGAAAUCUGUCAACUAUUCGGUAGACGUGUUGAUAUCCUCUCCGAAGAUGCUACUGGGAUGUAUCCAGUGUUUACAAAACAAAAUACUUGUGAAGACAUUGGAUAUAUCAGCGUAAAAACAAAACAUACGUGUUUGAAGAAGUUCCACACUCCACAAUUCUGGGUUGAUGCCAACAACACGUGUGUUAACGAUGGUGGGCAUCUUUUUACCAUUAAAACAUUGGAUGUUUUAAAUGAAGUCCUAAGUCUGACUUCUGCUAUAGAUCCAACCUUUACGUAUUUCCACAUAGAUGGGAAUGAUUUAAGUUCAGAGGGAAAUUGGGUUUUUCAUGACGGAUCUACUUUUCCUCUCUCGUCUCCACUUUGGGGUAAUACCGAACCCGAAGGAAGAGUUCAUCAAAAUUGCUUAAUCAUUUACGAAGGCACAAUUCACGAUUCACAGUGCGAUACUCCGCCUGCGAUUUUAAAAUUCAUUUGUGAGAAGAACCCGUGAGAAGUGACCAGAUUUCUUCUACUCUGGACGUUGUGCAAUUUGAAUACUGACCCGUGGUGAAUUGAUUCAAGUCUUUAAAGCAAAAAACAACCAAAACAAAUAUUAUCAACUUAUCGCAAAUAUUUUGAAAUAGUGCUUGUUAUAAGUAGUACAAAUGAAUGAUUUCUGAAUUCAACUUUAACAUAGGAAUAAACUGAAAAAAAUAAUAAAGCACUAGGAUAUGUGAUAUUGUGUAGACUAUAAAUACAGUAGCUAAAACCGUGACACUUAACGCAAAUCUCGGAGGAUACGGAGUUGGAGAGGGAUUUAAACGUUCAAUGAGUAUACAUGUGGGAUAAAUAUUUAAAACCUUUCCUCGAAAUACAAUAUUACCAUUUAUGAUACCUUAGUAUAGCAAUGCAAUCAUUCUAUAUACCAUAAUAUAUAUAGUACUAUUUUUGAUUUGUUCAAGCCAUGACCCCGAUCUAAGGCACCAUGUGACGUCUAAAUUAUAAAAUAAUCACUUGAAUAUUUGAGAAGUUUAAUGAAGUGAUAUAUGAUACAUUAAUAUGUACAUUUUCAGUGUCUUUGCCUGUGAUAACUACUACGUAUCGAUUUUCGACUAUACAGUCUAAUAAAUUCAAUUGACGCAGAAUAGGGGCUCAAGCGGGGUUUGCUUAUUUAUAUUCAAAUAUGAAAGCGAACAAUUGCUGAAAAUUAAAUAAGAUAUAAGUUAUGAAAAAUCAUUCUUUGAUUAUUAUAAGGUGAUAAUUUUGGUCGGGGUAUGAUCAAAUCUAUCAUAACGCCCUUUGGGCUUUAUUUGAUUUGAUCACGGCCCGACCAAAAUUAUAGAAGAGUGUUUCCUUAUUCCUUAAUUAAUUACACAGCAUAAAUAAGAGACCGUUGGGUUGGGGUUUUGUGUGUUUUUCUUGUGAAGCUUUUAAAUGUUGCAAUUUUAUCUAAAUCUAAAGGAUUCUUAUAAAAAUCUGAGAUACAGUGAACGAACUUCUUUCAUUGAAUCAUUAGUUUGGUUUGUUUUCGGUUU